AUGGUGUUACCAAACUACACCGACGUUUCGGCAAUGCGACAAGAGAUACUGGACAAUAACUUACGCACAAAGGCAAUCAUUAUGGACAUCACAAACUUUCGAGGCACGUUGUGUGAGCUGGAAACAUUGAAUGAGGCUGGCAGGGAUAAGCUGGCCGCACUGCGAAAGUGUAUCGACCGAAUGGAGGUAUUGGCACGGGAUGAGACGGACGAUAAGCUCGCCGAGGAGGUGGAAAAGAAUCGCGAACAGUAUGCUAAAACGCUCCAAGCAUUCCGGAAAGCGAAUAUUGCAACAAUGCUGGAGAUAGAAAAGUCCAACAAGGAGGAACUAUUUGCCCUACGCCCGGAAGCGAGUGAAAUGCGCCAGCGGAAGCUGACGAACACUAGCGCUGGUAUGAAAACGUAUCGCAGCUCUGCGUUGCUGCUACAGCAGGAAAGUGUUACCGACAGGAUGAUUUCAAUCUCGAAGCAACUGCACGAUACGACACAGAAGUCGGCCGCGACGCUCGAUAUGCUGGUGACGACCAGCGCGACGGUGGAAAGUACGCGCGACGAGCUGCUCAACACGGCCGGCAAGAUCUACCAGUCGAGCAAACUGCUGCAAAAAUACAGCCGGCGGGACUGCACCGACAAAGUCCUUGCCAUUUUCGGCUUGCUUUUGUUUUUGGCUAGUGUUUUCUAUGUGCUUUGGAAGCGUUUACUUUAA